CCUCUGCUCUGGUCUCCAAUACUUUAUCCCGAUUAAGUGGCGCCAAGACAUUAUUCUAAUUUUCGAAAGAGUUGCUUGCCCGCUUCCCUCCAUUAUUUUGGAGGCGUCAGUCAGUUUGGUGCAUUCCAUCAGUCUAUCUCGACUCUCCCACUUUUCCCACCAAACCCCCCACCACCAUUUUCUAGGAGGGAUCUUUACAUAAGUCUCCUUUCGCCAUGUCUAUGCAGCUUGAUAUGAGCAAUGCUCAGAUGGUCCGGGAUGAGAAUGGACGGCCAUUCAUCAUUGUGAAAGAUCAGGGCAAGAAGAAACGGCAACACGGUACCGAAGCCAUCAAGUCGCAUAUCCUGGCAGCAAAGACCGUUGCGAACAUCGUCAAAUCAUCACUGGGACCCCGUGGCCUCGACAAAAUCCUCAUCUCUCCCGAUGGCGACAUUACGGUGACGAACGAUGGAGCAACCAUCUUGAGUCAGAUGGAAAUCGAGCACCACGUCGCCAAACUGUUGGUCGAGCUCUCAACCUCCCAGGAUGAUGAGAUCGGAGAUGGAACUACCGGUGUUGUUGUUUUGGCGGGUGCCCUUCUGGAGGCUGCGAGCGACCUGAUCGAUAAGGGAAUCCAUCCCAUCAGAAUUGCGGACGGUUUCGACGCUGCUUGCGAGGUUGCGGUGGAGACACUGGAUGCGAUUGCCGAGACAAUAGAAUUUACGAAGGACAACACCGAGAAUCUGCUGAAGUGCGCAAAGACUUCCCUCGGAAGCAAAAUUGUCUCGAAGGCCCAUGACAAGUUCACCCAAAUCGCUGUCGACGCCGUCCUGUCAGUUGCCGACCUCGAGCGAAAAGAUGUCGAUUUCGAGCUCAUCAAGGUUGACGGAAAGGUCGGAGGUUCGCUGGAGGACUCGCUGCUUGUCAAGGGUGUCAUCAUCGACAAGGACAUGUCGCACCCCCAGAUGCCGCGUAUUGUCCGGGACGCAAAGAUCGCUAUCCUCACAUGUGCGUUUGAGCCCCCGAAGCCCAAGACCAAACACAAGCUGGACAUCACCAGCGUUGAAGAGUUCAAGCGUCUCCAGAACUACGAGAAGGGUAAAUUCGAGGAGAUGAUCAAGCAGAUCAAAGAUACCGGUGCCAACCUGGUUAUCUGUCAGUGGGGUUUCGAUGACGAAGCGAACCAUCUUUUGUUGACGAACAAGCUUCCUGCCGUGCGGUGGGUCGGAGGUCCUGAGAUCGAGCUGAUCGCUAUCGCUACCAACGGAAGAAUUGUUCCCCGGUUCGAGGAUCUGUCCGCCGAGAAGCUCGGUCAUGCUGGUCUCGUGAGGGAGCUGUCUUUCGGAACCACAAGAGACCGCAUGUUGGUGAUCGAGGAGUGUGCCAACACCAGAGCCGUGACCGCGUUUGUCCGCGGAUCCAACAAGAUGAUUGUCGAUGAGGCGAAGCGAGCUCUCCACGAUGCUCUCUGCGUCGUACGAAACCUCGUCAAGGACAACCGUGUCGUAUACGGUGGAGGAGCUGCCGAGAUUGCUUGCUCCGUUGCCGUCUCCGACGCCGCUGACAAGACCCCCGGUAUCGAGCAAUACGCCAUGCGGGCAUUCUCCACCGCUCUUGACAACAUCCCCAUGGCCCUCGCCGAGAACUCUGGUCUUUCGCCUAUUGAGACGCUAGCAUACAUCAAGUCUCGCCAAGUACGGGAAAAGAACACCCGGUUGGGAGUGGACUGCAUGGGCACUGGGCAGAACGACAUGAGAGAAGCGUUCGUCAUCGACCCGCUGAUCGGAAAGCGUCAACAGCUGCUACUCGCUACGCAGCUGUGUAGAAUGGUGUUGAAGGUCAACAACGUAAUCAUAUCGGGCAGUGGAGAGGAUGAGUUUUAGAUUUGGAACAUGUUGCGUACUUGAUCUAAAGUAAAGACUGUCUGUCAGUUGGUGGCGAUAAUAGAACCGAACCACCUGUAUUGCCGGAUGAAACGGAA